AGCAGAGGCAUUCGAGCCAGGGCACACAUGCCUCAGCUGUGAAGAGGCCCUACUCCCCUUGGCUGGCUGGCAGGCAGGCAGAGAGAGAGAGAGAGAGAGAGAGAGAGUUUGGCUGAGGGUGGGAGACUAAGGGUGAAGAGAAAGUUUAAGCGUGAAGUAGACCAGGAAGGGUGGAAAAGUGGUUGAGAACUUCGUCUAAAGGACGUAGAAUAGAAUUUGGACCCGAGUGCCACGCAGCAGGGCUCCUGCGGGUUUCUUUUUCAGAAGUGUAUUUUUAUCUGCCGUGAGCGUGCAGGCAGUUUGUAUUUGGAGCCGACAGCCAUGGCGGAUACAGGUGUCCAGAAGGAGCACAUAGCCCUGGCAGAAGUGCCUUACGACGAUGACGAGGUGCCUCUGGUGGGUGCCGCCAUGCAGCCGGCGCGGGACGACGGCGACGACCUCCCCGCCCCCGAGAAGACGGGGCUCUUGCCGCCCGACGGCGGGGGCAAGAGCGAGGCGCAGAUGAACGGGGUCAUGGUCCUCUCUCUGCUGGACAAGAUCAUCGGGGUGGUCGACCAGAUCCAGCAGACCCAGAACGGGCUCGAGGCCCGGCAGGAGGCCAUGGAGCAGUCCGUGUCCGCCAUCCAGGGGGAGCUGGGGAAGCUGUCCAAGAACCACGUCGGCACCGCCAACACCGUCAACAAGAUGCUGGACAAGGUGCGCAAGGUCAGCGUCAACGUCAAGACGGUGCGCAGCAACCUGGAGAAGCAGGCGGGCCAGAUCAAGAGGCUGGAGAGCAACGAGAACGAGCUGCUCAAGAGGCGCAACUUCAAAGUCCUCAUCUACCAGGACAAAGUGAAGCCGGCGAAGAUGCACAACGCAGCGGAGACCGUGGUCGAAGGCCAAGGCGUGGAGGCCCUCGAGCAGAUACCUGAAGGACAAGAGGGACUCCCAGGCCAUCUCAACUCGGACGAGGAGGUGGAGAUCGAGGAGAUCGUGGAGGAGUCUCGCACUAAACGCCUCCAGCGCACCACGAAGCAACAAAUGGACAGCAUAAAGAAAGCCUUCUCCAAAGAGGAAAUGGAGAAGACCAAGUUGAAGACGAAGGAGAACCUGGAGAAAACCCGGCAGAAAACCCGCGACAACCUGGAGAAGACGAGGCAGCGAACCCGCGACAACCUGGAGAAGACGAGGCAGAGAACCCGCGACAACCUGGAGAAGACCAAGCACAGCCUGGAGAUGAAGAUGGGCAAGCUGGGGAACCGCAUGACCCCCAACACGGAGCGCAGGGCGAAGAUGAAGAGCUCCAAAGAGAAGGCAAAGAAGUCCCUCACCCCCGACCACACAGUCUACGCUCGCUCCAAGACCAGCGUGUACCACGUGCCCCCCUUCACCUUCCAUGUGAAGAAGAUCCGAGAAGGUGAGGAGGAGGAAGAGCAGGUGGUGGUGGUGCAGAAAACAGAGAUGGAAGAGGGAGGCGAGGGAGGCGAGGGAGGCGAGGGCCAGCUGGGCGGAGAGGAGAACGGGCUGGGGGUGCACCUGGAGGUGGAGGAAGGGGAGCUGGUGAGUGUGGACAGCCCAGAGAUGGAGGCUCUGUUGGGCGUGACUGAGGACUGUCAGCUGGUUCGGGUGGAGCCGGAGCACCUAAAGAAGGCCCAGAGCGACUAGAGCGCCUCAGGAGGAUGAGAGGAGGGGUGGAGGGAGGCGGAGUCUCACCACGAGGACACAAUAUUAGUUAGUCGUCGGGAACUUUUCUAGACGUGGUCACAAUCGCUGACAUCAAUUGUGUUUUCUGUUCUCUUUUUACGGCACCCCGCAGGGAUGACUUUCAUAUCGGCUCAUCUUUAGCGUAGCUACACAUAAUUUAAAAAAGAAAUAAAAACAAAGCUAGGUUUCUGAAUCACUCAGCACGCUGGCUGGAAGUGUUCAGGCUUUUCGCUGUUUGCCGUUGGUUUGAUCAAUUGAGUGGCUGUUAGCAUAAAAAAAUGUCUUUCGCUAUUGAGGAUGUGAUGUAUGAUCUAUUAUCCGCCAUGUUUGAUAUGCACAUUAGUAGGUAUGGUGAUGGCAAGUUGUUGGUUGGAUGGUUUAAGAAACGUGAUGUGUACUAGUGAAACAAAGAAAAUAGAGAAGGGGGCAUGUGGUAGGCCGGGGCAUAGACGUUAUUUACUCACUCAACCAUUGCGCUAAAUGUAUCAAUAUAAUGUAAAUGAGUUCAAAUCGAAGCAUAAUGUCUGAUAAAUGAUGUUGUGAACAUCAAAACACUGACAAAAUACAGUAGAUAGCACAGCAAAUUUCACUGUUGUGAACCUUUCUUAAGAUAAAAUGUCUUUUUGAUGACAAUGCUGCAAGGUAUACUCUGUAUGUACAUGUUUUUGCUUUGAUUAAAAUAUAAGAUUAUGAAACUGUCA